GCCGGCGAGCUCUGCUCAAAUCGGAUCGAACCGGAUUACAAGCGAAUCGGGAGCAGCGGAGCGCGUGGCGCCGGGUACCGGGUACAGGCUGAACGUAGCCCGCGCGACCCUCCUAUUGCAUACACACCGUUUACGUCCUGAGUAAACCACCUCUCUACUCAGUGCGCACCGAAGAGCGUAAAGCCAAAAGGGCGGCACCAUGAGUUCCCAAGGUGUAACUCAGAACACUGAACUGGACCUGAAGGAUGUGGAGCUGAGCGACUUGGAUACUGAGAAACAGCCCAUGAACGCCUCUGUCCCCAUGGCUGGUUCCCCGGGCAGCCUGAGCGAGAAGAACGGGGUGGUGAAGGUGAAGGUGGCUGAGGACGAGGAAGAGGGCGAGAUGGCCGCCAAGUUCACCGGCCUGUCCAAGGAGGAGCUGCUGCAGGUGGCCGGCACUCCCGCCUGGGUGCGCACUCGCUGGGCGCUCCUGAUCCUCUUCUGGCUGGGCUGGCUGGGCAUGCUGGCGGGGGCCAUCGUCAUCAUCGUCCAAGCGCCCCGCUGCAAGGACCUGCCCCAGCAGAAGUGGUGGCAGAGAGGGGGCAUCUAUCGCAUCCAGCCCACGGAAAGGUUCCAAGACUCCAACGCGGACGGCGAGGGGGACUUGACAGGCCUGAAGGAGCGGAUGGAUUAUCUAAACUCUCUCAAGGUGAAAGGAUUGGUGAUCGGCCCACUCCACGUGAACCUCAAAGACGAUCUGGCUGGGACAAACCUCCAAGCCAUCGAUCCCAAAUUUGGUACAGUUCUGGAGUUCCAGGAAGUGCUUCAGGCUGCAAAGAAAAAGGGCCUCAAAGUAGUCUUGGAUUUGACGCCCAACUAUAGAAGCCAGUCUCCUUGGUUCAGUCCUGAGAUUCUCACCAGCAAUACAUUCCAGGACAAAAUGAAGGAGGCGAUAGACUUCUGGCUGCAGAAAGGUGUAUCUGGGAUCCAGAUCGGAAGCGUCGAGCAUAUAAUCAACGAGACCCAGCUGUUGAUCGAGUGGAAGAACCUGACUGAGAAACAUAAUACCGAUGAGCAUUCUAGGGUGCUGAUUGCAGCGACGCGCAGAGGGGACCCCCAGAGCAUUUUCUCCCUCCUCAACGAGACGGAGGCAGUGGACCUGCUGACCAGCCAGUACCUGCAGGGGCUGGGGAAGGAUGGCUACGGCGACACCUCUGCCAGCAGGAUCGACAACUACAUCCAAGCUUCUGGGGCGAAGUGGCCCAGCUGGAGCGUGGGGAGAUCCGCUGUUGGAUAUGUGGGGGAGCACCUUCUUCGCCUGUACCACAUGCUGGUCUACACUCUACCAGGGACUCCCUUCACCGACUUUGGGGAUGAGAUUGGGCUACGGGACCUACCAGGACAGCCGGCGGAAUCCUCGCUUGUUCACAUGCAGUGGGACGACACCACAAACUUGGGAUUCUCCAAAGAUCUGCAGUUGAGUGGCAGAGUGCCGCAGCUGAGUGCUUCAGAGACCAAUGUCACCGUGAAGUCACAGAAUGGGGAUGAGUCUUCCAUCUUGAAGCUCUUCCAGGGCUUGAGCGAUCUGCGUGGGAAAGAGCGUUCGCUUCUUCACGGCGAUUUUUGGCCGGCCAGCUCCUCCAGCCCCAGCGUCUUUGCUUACUUGCGUGUGUGGGAUCAGAACAAGCGCUACCUCGUGGUGCUCAAUUUCGAUCUCAAGCCCACCACAGUCUCCCUCACACACCAAAUGCUGCCCUCGGAAGCCACAGUGGAGCUCAGCACGCACGCGGACCGGGAGCCAAAACAACAGCUCAGUUUGACGGGUCUCAGUUUGGGUCCCUCAGAAGGGCUGUUGCUCAGUUUCCCCUACGUGGCCUAGUUUGACUUCAGAUACCUCCUGUUGUGGGGGGAGGGGAGCAGAAGAACUAUUCAGGCUAUUAUCCCUGGCAGGGCAGUGCUGAGACGUUGAAAGGGUGUAGCUUCAGCAAUGCUCGCUCUGUUUGAACUUAACCGUCUUUUCUCUCCCCUCCCUCCUUUGUUUUGUACAUUCCUUGAAUGGCUAGUACGUGGGGAAAGAUGCUCUUUUAAACAUAAUGAGUUGGUCUAAAUAUUACUGCUGAGGUGUGCUUGUGUAUGUGAUUGAGAGAGAGUGGGAAAGGCCAGUGGACAUCGUUUCGGGAUCAAUUCCUUGGUUAUUUUAGUGUGUAUCACAUGUCCUCAGGCCUGGGAGGGUGAUGAUAGCCCCUGGGUGUUUAUUCAGUUGACAACUCCCUCUUCCCUUUCAGGUCUAUGUGUUUGAUGGAACUGAUAGUGUUCUCUGUGUGUGCGUGUACGGAUAUCCCUCUUUCCAAAUGUGUUUGAGAGGGACAUGGAGUAAAUUAAUAAACUUUUACCUUUGCUUUUCUGA